GCUUUUUCACCGCCAUCCAUUGCUCCUCUCUCUCUCUCUCUCUCUCCGCCGCCAUUGGAGGAGCUACGAGGAGGAGGAGAAGCGACAGUGAAAGUGGGGAUCGAGGGCGGACGCGAUCGGUGGGUUUUGAAUCUUCUUUUCAUAUAUCUCUCUGUUGCCAUUGGAGGAGCUGGAAGGAAGAGGAACAUCGGUGAUGAUUGGAGCUCGGAGGAGGAAGGGAAGCAUCAGCGUGAACUGGCGGAUUAGAGGUGGUACGAUCGGAGGCUGUCAGUUGGAUGCUUGCAUUAUAGCAUUUUGGAGCUUUUCUCUCUUCAGGCUUCAAUUUCACAAUAGAUUUCUCCAUUAUGGUGGGAAGCUUGUUUACCAACCUGUUGUUCUUUGUUGGAUAAUCUAGAGAUUUUCUUGUCUAGAGAUUCAGGGUACCUGUUGAUCCUCUUGAAUGGCAGAUUUCUCAGGAUACAAUUAAUAGCAUUUUUGCCUGCCUGGCUAAUACAAUCGGGGCAGCUGAAUCUAUCUUGAGGGUUGCUCCAACAGGCCAUGACAAAAGGCUAUUCUUUAAGGUGGAUGUCAAGUGUCUGGUUGAAAAGCUUCUUGAAUAUGUCAUGAAUAACCACCUCGUUGUGCGAGAUCCUGAGACUAUUCUAACCUCCAGCUGCAAUAGGGGGAUUUGGAGUCUGGAAACAGCAUCACCAACUGGUAAAAAUUCUGAGCAAUUUUCCACUGAACUAAAGGAUAUUUCAGGGAGCAUCUGUUAAAAAGCUUUUAGCAACACAUACAUAACUAAAAAGUAACAAGAAUUUGAUAAAAUACACAACCAUUCAUAGCAAACAACUUAUCCACACAGUUUUCUACUUUACAAGAUGGGACCCUCUGGAUCUGGUAAGUCUACGCUUCUUGAUUCAUUGGCAGGGAGGUUGGGGAGAAAUGUGGUUCUCACUGGGAAGGUGUUGCUGAAUGGGAAGAAGAGGAGGCUUGAUUACGGUGUUGUUGAGUCAGACCAUUCAAAAUGAUUGUCAACUGCACACUCUAGAAUAUGGUACGUCAUCCAUAAAACAAUUCCUUCCAACUGUCCUUGAUUAUCAGAAUGGGCAAUAUAGCUUGUCAGGAAUUUCAAAGUGCUUGGAAACUAAGAGUACUAUAUCAUUACCUUCAGUAGCUCCAAUUGGAGCUCCAUGGCAACAAAUUUAUCUGUUUGCUAGGAAGCAGAAGAAGAUAUAUGUUGAGUUUUUUGAGUUGGCUCCUAUCAACUUGUCUAUAAGCUUUUCAAGCACUCCAUGGAUGGUGAGGAAUGAAACUCGUGCAGAAACAAAAACUUUUAUCCGCGUAAGUGGUGCAAGUUUUCAGGUUGAAGACAACACUAAGUACUUGCAAUCUGGUCCUCCUUUUCUCAUUCUUCUUCAUCCUGCUUUGGGUCCACUUUGGGAGAUUACUCGACAGAAGUUCUUUGGUGGCUCCAUCAUGGAAGGGUCUGAGUUACAAAUUGAGGUGGCAGAGUUUAUGUGGAGAGAGGUUCAGCUUGAUGGAAGUCUUCUUGUCAUUGCUGAGAACAUUAUGGGUUCAACUCAGGCUAUUGAAAAUGGUGAACCACUCAUGCAAUAUGGACACAGAUGUGCAAGGUGUAAAUUGCAGAAUGUCAAGGUCCAGAAUAAAGGAAUUGACUGGACUUCUGCUGACAAUGUCUACUGGAUGCAUAACGUUCACCUAUUCGAGAGUUUAAAGGUUAUUCUGCAAGGGAAUGCAGAAUUUGAGGCAACCGAUGUAGUCUUACAGGGCAAUCAUGUACUUGAAGUGCCAAAUGGCCACCGGAUGCAUGUCAGUUCUGGUGAUUUAGGCUUUGUUGUCAAGCUAGAACCAAUUAAAGAGGAAAUGAUGGAUAGUGGAAGCUGGUUUUGGAAAUACAAACUAAAUGGAACACACAUUCAGUUAGAAUUGGUGGAGUUGUAGGCAGGCAAUUGAGAAUAAUGAUCAGUUUCUUUAACUGAGGAUAGCAGUUAAUAAGAAUAUCACCUUCACUUGCUUGAACAGAAGUUCAACCAUCUUAGAGGUGUGUUUUACAAAAGUGUCUCCUUAGCUCAGUUUUGUAGCAUAACAAGUACUUUCAUGGAAAACAUUUAUUGUAAUAAUAAAAACAUUCUGGUUAAUUAGUCCGGAAGAGGGUGGUAGGUGGGUAGGUCACUCAUGUGUCUUGUUUCCACCUUCCCCAAUGCCACAAAAAUACCUUGAGUUGUUUUGAGAGCCUCGAGAAGCCUAAUACUUCCUAUUUCUUUUUUUUAUUUAAUUUAAUUUUUGUUCUUUUUAUA